AUGUCUUUUGACGAUCCCGCCAACUCUUCUCUUCUCUUUUCUGACCUCGGUUCGCCGUCAUCGGGCGCAUAUACCCAGAGCUCGCCGCGUCCCGCAACGGUGCAGCCCCAUCGCCUCGCGAAGCCCCGCCUCGAACCGGCCCGCCCCACUAGUGUCAGCGCUGAUCCCGGCCGUACUGUCUCUAUGCCUGAGACCACGCCCGUCUUCCAAGUCAAGCGGGAGCUCAAGCAGGGUGCUCGCAUCGUAUCUAUGCCCUCGCAGCCGGGCAAUCCCGCCGCCGACAAUCUGGGCGACCUCAGCAUGUCUUCGGAGGGCGCCAGCGGCAAUUCUUCAUCUCUAUAUACCGGAACCUCACUCGCCUCCAUUAGCGAGUCGGAUACAAGUGGUACGUUCAUCCGCUCUCUGCGUCGUGCAGCACCUUAUGCGCCGUCGCCCGUUCUCGUAGACUCUGUCAUCAUCAUCGAACACAACGACGGCCUCGCGGAAGGCUUUCUACGCCAGGCGACCAUCAAGGAAGAGGUAGAAGAGCAGGAAAAGAUGUCCAUCGAUGAUCAGGGCUGGAUCUCUUGGACGCGCUCGCCGCCUCGUCCCAUCCCUGCUUUGCAUGGCCCACUUUCUCUGCCGUAUGCGCGUUGCCCCUCUGGCGCAGAAGGUACCAUCAUCGAUGAGCCCGAGAACCUGCCGCGUAUGAUAUGGGGACUCGACUCAGAGAGCCAGGCUACAAAGUUCGAAGAACAGACUACAAGCCCUCAGCCACCGUCCUCGGUAGCCUCGCCCGCCCUCGCGCCUGAGAUGUUCAAGCAAGCCGUCUCUGCGCCCGUCAAGAUUUCUGCACCUCCCGCCGCUCAUUCUUCUCCUAUCGUUCGCAAGACCGUCCGCCCUGCUCGUGGUAUCGAUACUCAUGCGCCGGUUAUUCCCCUCCCCGUGGUGCAGGCAGCACCUCAGACACGCCAGGGCUUCGCAUCGAUGGGCAACAUCGCGAACCACGAGUCUUCUGGUUUCAAGCGCGUACCUCCGCACACGUUCCACCAGCAGCCCAUCCCGGAAGACAGCCACCAGCGCCAAGAGUCACGCGGUGCUCCUCGUCAGCCCAAUGUGCAAAGCCAGAACCAAGGCGAAGUGGACGCAUAUACCAACCUCCCGCGUACGGUGAAGGCCCACGACUUCCCUCUAUCUACAACCGUCGGCGCGAUGAAGGUCUCCGCUCGCCCAGCUCCGGGAUCUGCACUGCCGCAGAUUGUCAUAGAGCCUCGUUCGCCUGAGAACUUCGUCGCGCAUAAUCGGCCCACCGCCAUCGAGCUCGCCCAGCAGUAUCAACGUCAACUCGAGCACCAAGCACUGCGCAACAUCAAGCCUUCCAGUUAUCUUCCCACGCCUCCCAGCACAACCUCUCCGCUUUGGUCGUCGAACUUCUCACCGUAUCCUGAAUCACUUCCUUCGCCGUCGUUAUCCGAAGCCCAGGCACUAGCACAGGCCAUCCAACAUCAUCAGACCCAGCUGCGUGUCCUUGAGCAGUCGGAGCAACUUCGUCGGCUUGUUCACGAGCGACUUGAGGACAUGAACUCUCACAGCGUUCUUGAACCCGCAGCGCAGAUCAGCUCGCUUCAGGCCGGCGGCCGCCCAACGGCGCAAGUCGACUACUCUCAGCUCUCGAAUCCGCAAGAUCUCCUGGCCUUCCUCGCGCGCAAUGAGCAGCUUCAGGCCGCAAAUGUGCUCGCGCAGAUGCCUGCGCCUAAGACGCGCACGCUCUCUGGACAGUCGGCUUCGUCGAUGACAUCAGCGGCUGAGCGCGAGCGUCGCCUUUCCUCGUCUUCCCAAAUGAGCGCAGCGGGAUAUGGGCUUGCAUCCCCCACUUCUCCAGACAUCCAGCCUGGCGCUCGCGGUUAUCAGCCGCGGUCGAUCCCUCUUGCACGCCUGAUCCAGCGCCGUUUAUCUUCCGUGCCGGAAGAGUCCGACUCGUCUGCGACCAUACGCGGUCGCUCAUCAUCACCGCCACCCGCUAUCCAUGGUCUCGGCCUCGAGUCUGACAAGCGCCAGUGGACGCAUCGUAGCGACCGCGCACCUGGUGGCCGCAUUCUCGCAUAUGAUUACGUUGACCGACCGCCGCGUCCUGUCGAGAUUGAGCGUGCUCCCCGCGGUCCUGAUGAGCGCUCGUCGCGCGGAUUCGAUGGCGGACGUUUCUCACGUGGUCAGGCUGUUGAGCGUUCCUCUAUCGGUUUCGACAGCAGCGAGCGCCAGCCUCGCGCGCCGGCCCCUGGAAACGAUAUCGAGCGGGCCAAGGUUCGCCUCCCGGCUCCACGCGAGGCUUCUCUCGAUAUGAAGAGCAAGCCGAUUCGUGCCCCGCUUGGACCUCGCGUUGGAACGCCGAGCACGAUGCGCACGCAGCCUAGCUCGACUGGCAGCGGACGCUCACAACCGCCUUCCUCCUCGUCCUCGCGCUCGCGAAUCGUUGAUGAUCGCGAGACCGAGAAUGAUCACAGCGCAGCUCGCAAGAGGACAACCCGCGAAAGUACGCGCGGAUCAGGUUCUUCCAGUCGGGAGAGCGGUGCCGGUGGCCAUGGCCGCUCGCAGCGCAAGCCGGCUGGGACGGCCACCACUGGGCGCGGUUAG